CGGAAUAAAUCGCCACAGAAAACGACUGCAACAGAAACCACCGCUUAUAAAAUGUGUAGUAGGCUAUAAAUAUUGUGGCGCGGUAUUGUAUUUCAAAACAAGAAUUAACCGGGCAAACGUAUCGCCCCAGGCAAACGUAACGCCCCGGGCAGACGUAUACCGUCCGACGCUCGCUAGAGCUCGGUCGGACAUUGCUAAAGGAUCGUAUCCUAUGUUUCAAACUAACCGGGCAAUCAGUGGAUCCCAGGUUUGCGUGCGAGACACCGCCGCUUCCGACGGCGGGUCGGCGGUGGACUCGGAUUGCGUCAUCUUGGCGGCAUGGGCCGCCUCGAUUCCUUAUCCUCGCCAAAUGGGGACUUCGUCCCCAUUACAUUGUCCUCAGAAUAAAUUUCGAAAAACGAGAACAAGAGAAUAAAUUUAUAAUAGAAAUGUGAGGCACAUGAUGUUUUUCCCGCGCCAAAUAUUUCUAGCCUACUACACUUUUUCUAAGCGGUUGUUUCUGUUGCAGUUGUUUACUGUGGCGAUUUAUUCCGGUCACCGUGUAUAAUAUAUAUUAGGUUUAGAAAUACAAAAAAAAAUAAAAAUUAUAUUAUUUUAUAACUGCCGUAAUGGCAGAAUGUCAUGUUGACAUGGAGAUUGAAACUACUGUUUCCUCCUCACUAGCUACAACGGGGGCUGGGAAGUCGCUUAAACGCGUUCCCCCCUCAGAAGAUGUCUCUUCAGAGAAAGAGGUAAUCUACCUUAACAAGCCCCCCUCAAGAAAAUUGGCAAACUUUUCCUCCUCGCCCCCUCAAUCUCCCGCUCCCGCUUCCGCUCUACUACCGAACUUGCCUCCCAGCCCUACUGAUCCCGCUCCCGUUCAACAAUCGACCUCGUCCUCCCCCUCAGUUGUUUCCUCUCCUCGUGUCAAGGUCUAUCCAGACGAUGCACUUGGAGCUGGUCCAUGGGUUGUUUUUUUCCGGCCUAAACCAAAAGGAAAGUCAAUUAAUGUCAUUCAGGUUUCGAAAGAUCUGGCAAGAUUAUAUUCCUCCGUGGUCGAAAUCUCUAAGGUUAGACCGAACAAACUGCGUGUUGUCGUGAGUGAUCGGAAACACGCGAAUGCAAUUGUGAUCGACGAGAGAUUCUCCCUAGAGUAUCGCGUCUACGUGCCCUCCCAUGACGUAGAAAUCUCGGGGGUGGUAACUGAAACUGGUCUGACGUGCGAAAUGAUAAAAGAAGGAGUUGGUAAAUUUAAAAGACUCCCGUUGGUGGGUGUUAAAAUUUUGGACAGCCGCCAACUAGCAAAAGUAUCCCAGGAAGAGGGAAAAACUAAAUUCACGCCGUCAGACUCGUUUCGAGUAACUUUUGCUGGUUCCGCUCUACCUGACUACGUCAUGGUGGGCAAAUUGAGAUUGCCUGUGCGACUCUUCGUGCCAAAGCCCAUGACUUGCCAAAAAUGCAAGUCAGUUGGUCACACUUCAGAUUAUUGUGCCAACAAGGAGCGCUGUGCCACUUGCGGAGAGCAACAUGAGGGGAAAUCCUGCAGUGCGACUGAGCAUAAAUGUCCAUAUUGCGGGGGAUCCCCACACGAGCUCUCAGUGUGUGAAACUUACAAGAGUCGCUGGGAGAAACAGAAGCGCUCUUUGAAGGAACGCUCGAAACGCACUUUUGCGGAUAUUUUAAAGGGCGCUUCUCCACGGGCCCAACAACAACAACCAAUCAACACACAAAAUGUCUUCGCCACGUUGCCCGUUGACGAAAUAGAAGCGGACACAGCUAACGGGGGCACACCGUUCAUUUUCCAAGGGAAUCCCCGGCGCAAAAAUGUGACCACUCCCAAAGUUCAAGGACAAGCCCCUCCGGUGAUACCCCCUGUUAGCAUGCCUAAAAAAUCGAGUGCAGCGGACAAGCAAAAUCAGGUUCCUCCUGGAUUCCGCGGGAAUAAUUCACCUUCGAAUGGCCCAGCACUCGAGGGGACAUCAAAAACCCCAACUGUCCCUGUUUUUCCGUCCAGUUCAACUUCCCAAUCGGGAUUUAUAAAGUUGUCUGACCUUUUGGACCAAAUCUUCAAGUGUUUUAAUGUUUCCGACUCCAUCAGAACCAUUGUCACCGCAAUGCUUCCAGUACUAAAGACAAUUUUGCAGCAAUUGAUGCAAACAUGGCCCCUCCUUGCAAUGAUUAUCUCUCUUGAUGUCUAAUUUAAAUAGAGAGGUCGGAGACAUCACUGUUUUACAGUGGAAUUGUCGUAGUCUUAUCCCUAAAUUGGAUACAUUCAAAUUUUUAAUUCAUAACUUCAAUUGUGAUGUUUUUGCUCUGUCCGAAACUUGGCUUUCUUCGCGAGAUGAUCUCUCUUUCCACGAUUUUAAUAUCAUACGCUUGGACCGUGAUGACAGAUACGGAGGGGUGCUAUUGGGUAUCAAUAAGUGCCACUCAUUUUUUCGAAUUGACCUUCCACCUAUUGGAGGGAUCGAAGCUGUUGCUUGUCAUGCAAACAUCAGAGGCAAAGACCUCUGUAUUGUCAGCUUGUAUUGGCCUCCGAGAGCUGCGGUUAGCC